AUGGAACUAGCUGGGACGUAUAUAACAGAAGAAUCUUAUAAUCAAAUUCGAGAAGAGUAUCAAAAAAAGAAAAAUGGUAAUUACAAAAAUGGAGGUAUAACAUUGCCACAAACACAAUUUGUUGGACCAGGUAAUCGUGUUGUUGAUGAAGAUAACAAAAGUAAUUUUAAUCAUUUGCCUGAUAAUUGCUUGGAUUGGGUUGCACUACAACAUGAUGUAGAUUAUCAUAAUGCUGGCAACACUGAUUCUACACAAUUACAUCAAAUAUCUACAUUAAGCAUAAAGAUAAUAAAGCAAUAG